AUGAUAAAAAUUGAAAUCGUAAAUUCGGUCACAUUGAAUGUUGUUGAUCUUCAAGAUAUUCUGAAUUCUCCUCCUCAUUUCGAAGUGGAAACAUUCCAACCGAAUACUGUAUUUUCUGGAAAAUCAGAUUGUAUUGGCUGUUGUAUUGUUCCAUUUUAUGUUAAUUUCACGGAAAUUGGUUGGAAUGACUGGAUUCUGAGUCCACCCGGUUUCUAUGCCAAUUAUUGUUCUGGUUCAUGUUCGAAUGAAUUAGAUGAGAAUUAUCAAAUGAUGAAAUUGUCAUCGAAAGAUCAAUCAAUGAUUCCUGAACCGAGUUGUGCUCCAAACUAUUAUGGAAGUAUUGAUAUGAUUGUUGCACUUACUUCUCAAGAUAUCAGAAAAACUCGAAUUCACGGAAUGCGGGCCCUUUCUUGCAGUUGUACAUAA